UGUAACUAUAUAUGCUAUUGGGGCCAGUCCAAUCCUGGGAUUACAUUCUUUUUUGAAGAAAGUGAUUUUGGUUUAUGGAUUGAGUUCAAAGAUUUAGUUCCUGGAGGCAAUUUAUAAGACAUUUUUGGGUUGUUCUAAUUUUGUAGGGUAGGGUAACAAGCAAGGAGAAGUUGGAUUAGUUUUGUGUCUUUGAGAUGGAUCAUAGAAGUGUCAAGGAUGAGGGUGAUGAAGUUGAUCUUGAAAGUGGGUUGGUAGUAAUUGAAGAUGAUUCAAGGAAUGUAUCUAGUCCAGGUAAUACAAAACAAGUGGCUUGUGUAUACUAUGAUGAGUCAAAUUUAACUGUAGUUUCAAUGGACAUGGUGAAAGUGACAAACAAGUUGUUGGGGCAAGACUCAGUGGAAUAUGAAGAGAAUACCAUAGUAAAGGAGAAACGUAAAAAGUCCAGUAAUAAAAAAGCUCCAAAACCUCCAAGGCCACCACGAGCUCCAUCAUUGGAUGCAGCUGACCAAAAGCUAAUCAGGGAGAUUACUGAACUUGCCGUGUUAAAGCGUGCAAGGAUAGAGCGCAUGAAAGCCUUGAAGAAGAUGAAAGCUGCUAAAGCUUCUUCUUCUUCUAGUAGCAGCAUGUUUGCCAUGGUUUUCACUGUCGUCUUCUGUAUUGUGAUAAUACUCCAAGGUAUGUCAUCCGGAAAAAGUUCAGUGGUAAGUUUCCAAGGAUCUCCUGUGGCUGCAGGAGGAGCAGAGGGUGGUCUCAUUGAUGUUCAACACCAACUCAAUCCAUCUUCCACUGACUCAAAUUCACCCGGUUUAGAAUCUCACAAAAUUGUAAGGAAAGUCACUGGUGUAAGACUGAGAAGAGAUUCAGGUUAAUAAUGCAGAAAAAAUGACAAGAAGAAUGCCAUUGUCAGUGUCAUAUGGUAUUGUGCCCCAUCUUCUUCUUUAGAAAGCUCUUUUUCUUGUCUUUCAUAUAUUAAUGUAUUUCAUUUUAACGUGACUUUGUGUUGGGCAAUUUAUUAUCCUCUGUAUGUAUGUAAAUUGUUCAAUGAUAGGGUGAGUUAAAUUGCCUUAGUUGUGUUGGUUAUAGUGGUGUUCCUCAGCAACUGCCUGUUGCAUACACUCGUUGAAGGAGAUUUUGCUUUUGAAGCUCUGCAACCAUCUGUAAUCACCUGAUCAUUGUGUAUGAAGUAUGAUUUGUGAUAUUCUUACACUUCUACACUACCUCUAUUUUCUCUCUAUCCUUCUCUUACAUUACCCAUGGUAAUCUUUGACUUUUUCCCUUUUUAGCUCUCAUCAGGUGUAUACAACUAACUAAGUGUAUGAAUAUAAUUUUUUCCAAUUGUGAGGGAGAAAGUAAUGCCAUUCCUAU